AUGCCAGGAAACAGUUCAUGGCUCUGCCGGGUGUGUCUCCAUAAUUUGCCCCUUGGUGGAGCCAGACAUCAUGCUGUAGCUUGUAAGCAGGGUAGGGUCCGCUGGUGCAGAUUUAGCCUCCCUCCGUCUCCCAGGCUCCAAGAGAAACCAUCAUUGCGCUACCAGGAAUACUCCUCCUCCGUCUGGCAGGGUUGUAAGCCUGAGGGAGCUCCGGUUUACUGGGAAACAUUGGGAAGUGUAGGCAGCCGGCAGGCAAGCCCCUCGUGCGGGUCCCCAUCCCCAGGAUGGUGUCAACGAUCCGGUGUAGUAGCGAUGGUUACAAACUCCACAGACGAAGUAGGGAUAGGGGUUCGGCAACGAAUGUGCUACCAGAAAUCCUGGCACACCUUGUCAAAUCUGGCUUCAAAGCUCUCUUUCCAGGCUUGGAUUGUUGAGCACUCCGCGUGAUCAAACUCAGCGGCCAUCUUGGGCUCGCCAUGUGGUAAUCGGCUUGGCAGGAGAUACCACUCUUGCAGGUAAGGUUUCCCCAGUGGGGACCGGGAUAUUCCCCACUGCUGCAAAGGGGGGGUUGCGGGGCUACAGCUUGAACUCUGUUGAGAGCUAGCCCUGUGUCGGGAGAUCGGCUGCCUCCCCCCAGUCACCAGGCCACUAGACUGGCUCGGCCGUAUGGUCGGACGACUUGAAUGCCCAGAAUACCGACACAAAUCAGGCAUUGUCUUGUUCUCGCUUGGUAUAUGUCGGGCCAUAACUCCUGUGAGGAUUAAAUCAAUAAGAUUAUGAGCAGUUAAGGCUGAUUUUGUACUCGGAUGGGUCGGAGCUAAGCAGAAACACGUCCGACCAUCUUGGCUGUCAGGCCCCGCCCCCUUAUAAGUAAUUUUAAAGUCCCAUCUUCACAAUAUUACCGGUGAAUUCUACCCUUCCUUGCAAUUAAUAGCACCUAGUACAUCAUUAUUGAGGUAAUUAUGCUAUCCACCCACGUAUUUAAUUGUAAACCUUGACCAUAUACAAAGCUUUUCUCCUUGACUAAAACUUAUAGGUUCAAUAUGUCAAGUUUUAGGCAGAGGCUUAUAAUGUUAAACUGUAUCCAGCUAUCCAUCAAAGCCAACGGGAAAAACAAUGGGAUAUGUAUUUCAAUAAAAUCCAUUAGUUUAAAUCACGUAAAGACAAAAAAAUAAACUACAGUAGAAGUAGCUUCUGCUAUUUCAGUAUUCGUGUCUGGGCGCUGCAGUGAUAUUUGCAAAUUGCUGCAUCUAUAGGCCAGAGACAGCUGGGAGACUGUGAGUUCCGUGUACCUUUACAAGUGCAGCUAAUGCACUGAAUAUGCAUAAUUCAACAGAAAUGAUUGAUGUUAUCAGGUUCUCACAGUCACCAUUUUGUAUGUCAACAUAUUUUCUAAUUUUUAAAGUAAUAUGCUUGAACCCCAACAGAAUAUCUAUUCCCGGAAACAUUUUCAAACUUUUUAUGUGUGUCCGCUGUCUGCUAUGUUUAAUUUUCCUGCUAAACUUUUAGCGUUGGCGCCAUCAGUAUAACCCACCUAUUGUAUGGCAAUCAUCUCUUCAUUACAGCCUACAUGGGCUCAGGAAUUUAUGGUCAGAAAAAAGUGACUUUAUGUAAGCUAAUCUGGUGUUCAGUGCUGUCUUUUCUUAAAAUGAAAUAAUCAUUGUGUUUCUCCAGUAUGGAUCUGUUACCCCUCUUCACAUUGCUGCAGCACUUCCUGUCGCAGAGGGAGUUCGAAUAACAGAGGUCCUGCUGCACGCAGCAGCUGACCCUAACGCCAGAGCAGGAGAUGGAGACUACAUAUAUAAACAAUACAGGGUACAGUAUAACUCAUAUUCAAUGCCAACAAAAGGGCUAGCAAGGCAUAGAAAUGACUAAUGGCACUGCAGAUGUGUGUGAAUUACAUUUCUCAUGUAGGUUGGCUGAGUGUGAUGAGAAAUCUAAUUUACAAUCAUUUCUAUCCUUUAUUUUUAAUAACUACUACACAUCAUAAAGAGGCAUAGGACAAAGAGAAAAAGAUCAUGCUUUUAUUUAAGGCUGUCAUGAUUAAUAAAAACAAUAUCAAACUAGUUAAACGUGCAUUUAGCUUAAUGAUAGUUUUCUAGUACCUCGUUUGCAGAGAUAAAUGUUAUCAUUAGCCAACUUCAUUUUACUCAUAUUAUUGACCUUGGGACGAUGAAAGGCUGAAUUUAGCAUGUUGGUUAUAGAACCUGCAAUAUACUGCAACUGGAGUCCUGUUAUCUGAGAUAUCUUAACAACUUCAUCACAACAUUGGAUACAAUACAACCUUUGUUAGCCCUGAUUCCGCUAUACCUAAUAUUCACAAGGCAAUUGUUUUUUUAACCAGGAAACUGUGUGUGUGUUUGUGAUGUUUACAUAUAUAAGAAUACCUUUUUUCUCUCUCUAUCUCUAUAUAAAAGUUGUGUUUUUUUCUUCUUCUAUAGACACUUUGCCAUAUAUUGCAAUAAACAAAUGGGUGUCUAGCAGCCCAUUUAAAUAAGCCUUCCUCAAGUCUUAUUUCCUCACCUCAGUUUCUGUUUAUCUUAAAUGGGGUAAUUUAAGCACUAUAACUACUGCAUGGACCUGUAAAGGUAACGAUGCAAGCAUGGCACUCUUGUCAGCGCUGGUUUGAGACCAAUAGAGGGUUUCCCAGUUAUCCAAGGAAUGACGCUUCACUUGCCAUAUAGCUAUUGUCUAGGUUACACUUCCGCUUUGGCAGUGUCAAUUUCUUCCAGAUUUGGACAGUAUUGAUUGGCUGCACAGGUCAACUAACAUGCUCUGCCACAGAAUGCUGUCCAAAUAGGGACAUAAUAGAUAUUGCUAAUGUGGAACCGUACCUUCAGCAAUAGAAUCUGGUGAGCAAAGGCCAGGGCACUAUUGCCUGUGGGCCACUCCAUUUAUGUCAGUUUGUCACAGAAUCAGUGAAUGGUGCCAGUGGCCAGCUGGUACCAUGACCACUUCAGCAGGUUGUAGUGGUCAUGAUGCUUAGAGUACCACUUUAACUUUGUUUUAAAUUGGUUAAUAUUCUUAACACACGGUGCUGUAGAGUAUGGGUUGCUCUUUUCUAGAUAUCCAUGUUUCAUGAAUUCUAUCUCUAAAUACAGGAUGAAAAAACAAACCCCGUCCCUGGAUUUUUUAAAAAGGACUUUGUGGAUUCUGGCAUUGUUCUGUAUAGCUACUUCACUGUAUCUUCUACUGUCCCAGAGGUGGGAGGCAGGACACCUCUGCAUGUGGCAUGUGAGAGAGAAGAUAACUACAAGGUAAUAUGGCUCCCAGUUCAUCUUUAAGUAAUUUUUGUAAUUUAUUUUUUUGCGCAAAUAUAAUGAUACAAAGUAGAUUAUAUAUCAUUUUUAUGAGGCUUAAUUCUAAAUGUAGAGCAAUAAACAUGGUACAUGGUGCAUGGUACACUUAAAACUGGUCUAUCUAUGGUCACCAUGCAAAUAUCCAAGAACCCAUAUCUGAAACCCAGUAAAACAUGAUCAUAAUGCACUUAGGGUACUUUUCCUGUGAGUUAAUCAGAACCAUUUAGAUUAACAUGUAAACACCCUUAAGCAUUUUCAAACAUCAAACUUAUUCUAUCUUGGUAGAAUGGUAUUGGACUGGAUCUUUUUGCAAUUCAUAUUUACCGAUUCUUUUCUUAUUACAUCCUCAACCAUCACAAUUCAAGACUUUGUCAAAUCUAACUACAUCCUAUAGUUACCCUACCAGAUAGCAGAUAGUAAAACUUAAGAAGAAAAAAGAUCUAUGUUGCUGGAAGUUUGCUAUUUUCUCACUCCUGAAUUUGCCACUCUAUGGCCGUUAACUUGCUCGCCUCAUACCAGCAGAGGCAACUGGAACCGUUUUACAUAUUCAGAUGCGCAGAAAUGUACCACCAAUGACACUAUUUAAAGUGGUACUAUCUUUUUUCCCCCCAUAGUUUGCCAGGGAUGUAAUCUCUUUGCUCUUGAAUCAUAAUGCCAACACGAAUGUCCUAUGGAGUGGUCACUCUCCCCUCUCUCUCGCUGUGGCCAGUGGAAACGACCUGGUGAGAAUUUUGCAAAUUUCAAAUUUUCUGUUUAUCUUCAGAGUCUUGCAUUUCUAGGGCUGGUCAUAUCCAGCAGGAGGUAUCCAUGAUUCCUAAGUAAGUUAUUUAUUGCCUAACUUUACUAUAUCAUAUUGGACUUCAUGGAUGUAAAACAAGUAAACUGUCUGUCUUCUUAAUUGUGCAACCCAGUUAAUGGACCAUACCUUUAAAUUGCUAUGAAAUUAUGGAUCUCUUUACAAACAACCCAUGUGAUUGACUACCAAUUGUUUAGUUCAAAUAGCCCUAAAACCUAUUCAAUUUGAGACAUGUAGGUGGUACCUAUGGGUGCACUCAGUAAUAUGUAUGACAAAUGCAAACAUGGGUAUAGAACAUGGGGGUGCAAGGUACCUCAAACAGCUCCUACAAAAGGACUCGCGUGAACCUUGUAUAAUUGAAUUAUUAUGACCCUCUGAGUAUAGCUAAAGUGGCAAAAGCCUAUAUAGCUUAACCAGGGCACAGAUAUAAUCACACCUGCGCUUUCCUUCCAUGUUUGCUGCAGCACUAUAAUGUGCAGUUGGCAGGAGGUGGAAUUGUGGGCUUGUGUUUGGGAUCUGACACUAAAAGAGAGAAGCAGUUGCAUGAUACAUGAUUCAUUUAAUCCAGGUGCCAUCUCAUUGAGCAAUAACAGCAUAGCAUUUCUAGCAGAAGGAAGAGAACUCGCAUCACCAGCUAUGAUUUGCUGUGCAGCCUUGAUUCCCUUCCCUUACACGCUCCGGCAUCAUCUGCAAGUAACCAAAAAUGUCUUGUACUGAGUAACAAACAUGGGUGAACCUGCCAUUAAACCAUCCCUUCAUAUAUUGACUCCUUCCAGCCCCUAGCCGUGCAACCCUUCAAAAAUGCAGCUGUAAUUCUAUAUAUUGCAGGUGCUGUGUAGAUGAUUAAUGUACUAUAAGUGAUAUAUUGAUGCUCUGUAUGUGAUUCCUGCCGUAUAGCUGAUUGAUGUGUCAUUGAUUGGUGUCAUGUUUGUAUGCUGUGUAUUUGUUGUUCUAUGAACACUGUGCGGUCUAUUUGUGGUGAAAUGUGCUGUAUAUUUCAUUGUUGUGUGGAUGUUGCAGUUGAUUUGUGUUUAAUGGGUAAAUGAAGGGUGCCAUGUAGUAAAUUAGUGUUGUAUGGUUGAUUUAGGUGCCGUGUAAUACUAUUCUUUUCACAAUGGGGAAUUCACGUUCCUUAAUGCACAUGUUUUAUUGUGAUUAUCCAUUAUUACCCAUUAUUGUUAUGUUUUAACUCCAGUGAGAGAAUUGUCUACACAUCUUCUCACAAAACAGAAAACACAGAGGUCAAAAACAUGAAUAUUAAAAGAAUUAUGAUGUGGAAUUAUAAAUCAAACCAAUAGGCAACAAAUCUGUUUAUUAUACUCUCACAAAGUUUAAAACAUUAAAAUCACCAGUGUUAGUGAUGCUUGGGUGUUGGGUCACUUUAAAUUCCAUCCCAGUAACACUGCUGUCUGAAAAUAGAAUGGAUAGUUUAAGAUGAUUUUUUUGAGCCUGCAAAUCCUGGAUAUUGUUGGGGAUGGUAUAACCUAUUAAGUAACUGCAGAAAUCUCAGACAUUGGAGGAUUAAGUAUAUCUAUUAAGUCACAUUUGUACAUUAAGCAUAAAGCUCCCCAGUCUUGCUAUGAUCUGCAGGUUGUGAUUAUUUUUCUUAAUUUUGGACCCAGGCUAUAAAAGAACUUUUAGCAAAAGGAGCAGACCCCAACAUGGCUCUGGGCCCCCCGGUGGGCAGUGUACUCUGUGCAGCAGUCAGUACCACCUAUGAGAAGCAGAGACCCGUACCUGUCCGCAUAGGUCUGGUAAGAAAGCAAUCAUUUUCAUUUACAUCUAAAUCUUUUUAUCCAUCAAAACUCUCCCUGAACAGCUUUUAUAGCGUCAUUCUACAUUCCUAAAGCACUUCAGCUUGCAAGGAACCUUAGGGUUAAUCCUAGUGUAUUCUUUGUCACCUUAUCAAAGUGCUGAAUUCAAAAGAACAGGCAUUUUUAUAAAGUGACAAGUUGCACCUUCCCAGCUGAGAACGAAAUGGGAGGGUGCUCUUCCUGAUUGCAUUGUGCCCAGGCACAUAGUGGAAAGAAAUGGAUUCUAUGAGAAGCACUGCAGGUGCAGCCUUUCCUGCGCAUACACCCUGCCACCCAUUGCUUCUCUAUGAGAGGCAUUCUAUUAGCUGGGGAUCAUCAGUACUGAUGGUCUCUGGCAGGUGGAGAGCGGCUACAGCAAGGGAGACCCUUUCAUCAUGUGGAUUAAAGGGCCCACUAAAAUAAGAGUACAACACUCCAGCGUUGUACAUAAAUGUAUUUACUAUUUGAAGUCUGUAUUGUUAGUAGUACUUGAGUUUCUCUCUUGAAAGGAUCACUGAUUAGUUAUCAGAUUAGUCUGUUGAUUACAAUGUUUUGUUUUCGUAGUGUUUGUGCAUUAUGCUGAAUUCACAGGGGAAUUGUAUAAUUUAGGACCAAACACCACAGCUGGGCAGAUUAUACAGCUAUCUUACCUUUCAAAUGACAAUUCAGUAGUGGUGAAAGGCGAAAAUAUAUCUCAUGAACCAAACCAACAGCACUACAAUCUAUUUAUAUUCUGAUUUUGUUUUUUUUUGUGCUUGUUGCCUGUGCUAGCCAUAUACCAUGCAAAGAAUACACAUGACCAAAAAACUAUGUCUGUUUGUCCCUUACAAAAUACCACAAUGUUUAAUGUAUUCAGCAAUAUUGUGAUAUAUAUUGGUAAAUAUUUUGUUCUGUUCAUAGGUGGAUAAGCUGAUAAAAUCUGGUGCAAACAUGUUGAUGCCAAUUACUAUAGGUGCUGGGAAGAGGACUGGUUUGGGAACUGCUACAGAUUUUGCUUAUUACAAAUACCUCCAGGUAUGCUGCGCUGUACUUUCACAUAUAUAUUUUCAGUUGAAAUUUAAUUGUAAUAUAGAUAGGAAGAAAGAAUCAAGUUUAGCUUUUCACGUGUCCCUGCAUCUGUAUAGCAAAUAAAAACUGUAGAAACUGUCAGAAGGGGUUACUCAUUCAUUAAACAGACCCUUGUCAUAUUGCAUGCAUUGCUUAAUUAAAGAACCCUCCAAGCACCAUAACCACUACAGCUUUAUAUAGUAGUUAUGGUGUAAGGAGUGCCCUGACACCCCCCUCCCCCCACGACUUUUAUUAUAUACUGAAAAUGAGUUUGGUCUUGAUUUGCUGCCAAUCUUUCAUUCUGUAGUUUACCCUGCUCGACCCUCUUUCUUUAAGUACUGUAAUGGACUACAGGUUGUAGAUGUGGGGAGAGGGGUAAGCAUUCUGAUUUUGGAAUGUGAGCACUUUUCAGAAAAUUAGCUAAGAGACAAGAAAACCUAUUGUUCCCGUAAGUUUUUUUGUAAUUGUCCUAUUUAUAGUUAAAUCCCCCUCUCAUAAUAUUGUAAAACGCUACGGAAUCUGUUGGCGCUAUAUAAAUGGCGAUAAUAAUAAUAAAACGAAAAGAUACAUAUGGCUUAUAGUGUUAGCUAGUUGUUUUAACAUUUCAUAGUGAUGGGUAUUAAAGUGCCAUAAAUCAUUUACGGUGAUGAGUUUACUGAGAUGGAUUUAUGGUGCUGAGGCACAUAAUGUGUCUCCAGAAACAAUAACUGGCAUUAAAAGUGUAUGUCCAGCACAUUUACUUUACCACGUGAAUUAAUCUGUUUUAUAUUCGGAUCAAUAUGUAGCCCAAAUGAGGGCCAAUGUCUAUCCACAUACCAAGAUAUUGAUGUUUAACUGGGGACUGUUUUAUUUAUGGGACCCUUACUUUCUUUUUAAGCAAUCAUCAGUAAUGUGUCCAUUCAGAAGCUGUAUGGUCUUUUAUGUAUUGCAGGACAAAAGAAUAGCAAAUUCUCCGUAUCAUACUUUGUCAGCAGACGAACGUGAAAUUUACAAUGAGCGCAGACAGCUGUUAGAUCACUUGGGAAAGCCGACACGGGACGCUGUAACACUAAAGGAAAAAGAGUGGGCUACGGAAGGCAUAGUCCGUAAGUGAACUAAAUAUAAGGAAAAAAGACAAAUGGCAAGACUAUAUUAUGUAUGGAAUAAUUUGUUGAGAAAAAAAAAGCUACAAAGAAUAGUGUCUGAGAAUGAGUCAUAGAGUGAAUCCAAAGUAUUGAUAGUUAACACAACCAUGAUAAAGGUAUCUCAGAUUGGGUUAGAAUAAAGGUAUUUUGCAAGCACAAUACAGCCGGUUUAAACAAUGUUUCCAGAAUAGUCAGUAUUGUCUGUUAAUGACAAAUGAUCAGCUAUAUUUUCUGAUUUAUGAAAUACUGAUCAAAGGAAGAAUAAAGUGCCGCACAUCUUUGGGUGACAAUAUUUACUACAGUUAAGUAUUAAAAUGUUUUCUAUAUAUUUUUCUAGUGAAAUCACCAGCAAAUCAGUAUAUAUAUAUACCAGUAUAUAUAUAUACAAGCAAUUUCACUGUCACAAUACAUUGAUGGUUUGUUUUGUAUGUAAAAUGCCACUAAGCCAUUUUACAUAAAAAGGGGCACUUUAAAAAAUAGAUUUUCACCAUGGUGGUAAAGAGUAUGUAAACACUUGGACCAGAAAUGCUCAUAAAGGGAUUUAUUGACAAUAGAAUUGCAUUUGUUUAUAAAAAUAGCCGUGCUGGAAAAGUGAUUUUUUUUUCAGUUCAAGUCUUUAUAUUAGCUAUUUUAAUUCUCAGUUUAGGGAGUGAAUCCCUAAGUUUAUCAUAAAAGGAAAUAUAUCAGGAGACACCAUGCAAAUGACAUACACAAUCCAGGGCAUGUGACGUGUAACCCUUACUUCUCUUUGUGCGAUAUUAACACGUGUUUGUGCAGGUGAGCCUGCAUUACCCAGACACAUGUUGGCUAGGAGGAACAAGGAAUGGCUUGUUCGUGAAGAAAGUGCAUCAACUCCCCGGUGAGAGAGAUUCCAUAUAUUUUUGUUAUCCUAAAUACUUUUAUUGGCAAAUGCUAACAAUGCUAAUUGAUAUUCCGUCCCAAUUUACAGAAAAGAUUUCUUCAAAUACUGCUGCCAAUGUGGCCGAUCUCUUGGUGUCAAACUGUCUGCUUGUUCGCGAUGCUAUUCUGUAUUCACCUGUAGCAGGCUAUGCAAGAAGAGAGCUUUGGAUGAAUUUCACAAAGAGGAAUGUCAGCUUUAUACAGGUAGAUCACAGCAGCGAGCAGAGUUUCACAGUGGCCAUGGUACAAAUAACGCUCCUCUACCUUUGGCAUCAUUGUGCUUUAGUGUAGGCUAACAUGCGGGUGGUCCACAGAUGCUUUGAGUUGAAUACUCAGAGAUUCGCAACUUGGAACCUUAUUCAGGGGAAUCCCUAGGUAUCCAAAAUGACAAGCAACAUUCUCACAUACACAAUCUUAGUCGAAUGCCAAAACGCCCAAUUAGCACACACAUACCAAGUAUACCAUGUUCUCUCACAUACACAAACAUAGUAAAUGUUCGCACAUACCUACAUAAUUUAUAUACACAUUCUCAAUAAGUGAAAUAAUCUCCCUCUUCUCCUGCAUACCUUCAUCAGAAAUUCUAAGAAAUAUAGGGGAGUUCAGCUUUGCUGAGAUAGGAGACUAUCUUCAUGCACAAGAUAGCUACCUUAAUGUACUCUGCAAUCUAAAUGGAGAUAAUGUAGGAAUUCCACAUUCUGUACAUAGUAUAAAGUCAUUUAUUUGCUUUUGAGUUUGUUUGUUUUUUCAUUGUAGGAUAUCUCAGCAGCAAACCCUCUACAGGUAGAACUAAAAGGACAGGGGAAGAACUUGCAGUCAAUCAAAACUACAGCUUUAACUGAUUCAGAAGCAUUCACAAAACAUUUCAUUCCAUUUGAUUAUAAUAAAGAAACCUGCAUUUAUUCCUGUAUGAUUGGAAAUUAAAGGAACACUAUAGUCACCUAAAUUACUUUAGCUAAAUAAAGCAGUUUUAGUGUAUGAAUCAUUCCCCUGCAAUUUCACUGAUCAAUUCACUGUCAUUUAGGAGUUAAAUCACUUUGUUUCUGUUUAUGCAGCCCUAGCCACACCUCCCCUGGCUAUGAUUGACAGAGCCUGCAUGAAAAAAAAAACUGGUUUCACUUUCAAACAGAUGUAAUUUACCUUAAAUAAUUGUAUCUCAAUCUCUAAAUUGAACUUUAAUCACAUACAGGAGGCUUUUGCAGGGUCUAGCAAGCUAUUAACAUAGCAGGGGAUAAGAAAAUCUUAAUUAAACAGAACUUGCAAUAAGGAAAGCCUAAAUAGGGCUCUCUUUACAGGAAGUGUUUAUGCAAGGCUGUGCAAGUCACAUGCAGGGAGGUGUGACUAGGGUUCAUAAACAAAGGGAUUUAACUCCUAAAUGGCAGAGGAUUGAGCAGUGAUGCUGCAGGGGCAUGUUCUAUACACCAAAACUGCUUCAUUAAGCCAAAGUUGUUCUGGUGACUUUAGUGUCCUUUUAAAUGUACUGUUACCAAGUGUUAAUUUGUCAUCAG